AUGAAGAAGAGGGUGAGGAGAAUGAAGAAGAGGGUGAGGAGAAUGAAGAAGAGGGUGAGGAGAAUGAAGAAGCGGGUGAGGAGAAUGUAUAAGAGGGCGAGGAGAAUGAAGAAGAGGGUGAGGAGAAUGAAGAAGAGGGUGAGGAGCAUGAAGAAGAGGGGCGAGGAGAAUGAAGAAGCGGGUGAGGAGAAUGAAGAAGAGGGUGAGGAGCAUGAAGAAGAGGGUGAGGAGAAUGAAGAAGCGGGUGAGGAGAAUGUAGAAGAGGAUGAGAAGCAUGAAGAAGAGGGUGAGGAGAAUGAAGAAGCGGGUGAGGAGAAUGAAGAAGAGGGUGAGGAGAAUGUAGAAGAGGGUGAGGAGCAUGAAGAAGAGGGUGAGGAGAAUGAAGAAGCGGGUGAGGAGAAUGAAGAAGAGGGUGAGGAGAAUGAAGAAGCGGAGGGUGAGGAGAAUGAAGAAGAGGGUGAGGAGCAUGAAGAAGAGGGUGAGGAGCAUGUAGAAGAGGGUGAGGAUAAUGAAGAAGAGGGUGAGGAUAAUGAAGAAGAGGGUGAGGAGAAUGAAGGAGAGGGUGAGGAGCAUGAAGAAGCGGGUGAGGAGAAUGAAGGAGAGGGUGAGGAGCAUGAAGAAGAGGGUGAGGAGCAUGAAGAAGAGGGUGAGGAGCAUGAAGAAGAGGGUGAGGAGCAUGUAGAAGAGGGUGAGGAGAAUGAAGAAGAGGGUGAGGAGCAUGAAGAAGAGGGUGAGGAGCAUGUAGAAGAGGGUGAGGAGAAUGAAGAAGAGGGUGAGGAGCAUGAAGAAGAGGGUGAGGAGCAUGAAGAAGAGGGUGAGGAGCAUGUAGAAGAGGGUGAGGAGCAUGAAGAAGAGGGUGAGGAGCAUGUAGAAGAGGGUGAGGAGAAUGAAGAAGAGGGUGAGGAGAAUGAAGAAGAGGGUGAGGAGCAUGAAGAAGAGGGUGAGGAGCAUGUAGAAGAGGGUGAGGAGGAAGAAAACAUUCAGGGAAAGAGAGAGGAACAGCCAGAGGGACAGAAAGUGGAUCCAUGUGGAUCAAGUACUGCACUAUCAGGUUUGUGA